GCUCGCCCACCUGGUUCUGGACGUCGAUCAGCUAUAAGCGCAAUAGUUAGCAUCUGGCAAGAGGUGACCAAUAUUUGAGAACUGCCAUCCUCUAUAACUUUGGAGGUACUCGGAACUACCAGGAAGUACUAACGAAACCAAAGACUGAGGGCACAUACACAAUGUACUCUACUUUGGUUCGCCUCGCAGAGUCUGUGACUGCGAAGAGUUUGGACCUGCGUCAGGCGAGCGUUGCGCUAUACCCGCCAAUUCCCCUAUAUCGCAGAUUACUCAGGGCGCACAGGAGGCUUCCAAUUGAAAUGCGUUUAUUGGGUGAUGACUAUGUCAAAGCUGAGUUUAGAAGGCAUAAAGAUAUCAACAAUCCAGUACACGUCAUGGGAUUCCUGACACAGUGGAAGAUGUACUUGGAUGAGCUACCUCGAGAUCCUUCAGACUCGAGAAGUUUCAAAAAACUAGAUCCCACGAUAUACGAAAAGAUGUCUGCAGAACAACUUGGACAGUUGUAUGAGUUCAUGCACGCGACUAAAGAGAUAUGGAAACCAGUGAAUGGCGAACAGGCCCAGUCUGAGACUAAGAAAUAACAUCCUCAGCGACUGUCGUGCAUAUAUCCUUCCGCUUUGUUCCGUGAAGCUCUGUACCCUCCGACACGGCCGAAUCUCAGACCAAGAAAUGAAAUUGUCAGUCGUCCAUAACCUGUCCUUCGUUUACAUACACCGUUCCGCUUAGUUCCGUGAAGUCCUACGCGUUUCGCCAAGGAUGGAUUUGAAACCAAGGUGUGGCACCCUCAAUCGUCCAUACCCCGUCCUUCAUGUGCAUACUGCACUCCGCUUAGUUCCGUAAAAUCCCAGCUGUUCCGCCUUUGACACGACUCGGAGGGCUGAAAAUUACGAAUGAAGUAA